AAUGUCAGAGUCAGAUGUUACGUGGAGGGGGCCAAUAUAAAGAAAAGAGCUCAUCUUUCUCCGCUAAUUUCCAAAUGAAUUUCCUGGCAUUUUUCAUGGUGUAGCAGUGGUAAGUGGACAGAAUUACAUGUGGCAGUGAUUUGGUGGACUGUGUGAGAAAGUGUUGCGUGUGAAAAAAGCCCUGGGGCCAGCAGUGUUAGUGAAAACGAGGCGCAUUUCUUUUGGGAUUAUACCAGCACAAACUACCUGGAGUCAGGCCACUUGUCAGGAAUGUCGGUCAAUCGGGGAUAUGAGGAUGAUAGUCAGAAGGAGGUGGACAUCAUUGAGCCCAAGAGAAAUCACCAGAAUCAUCAAGAAUCUGAGCCACCCGAUGAAGGAACUCUCCUUUCGGGCAUCCAAACGUACUUCUCUGACGAGAAAGUGCUCAUCCCGCAAAUUGAGAAGGAUGGAUUCAGUUUUCGGAAAUUGUGGGCUUUCACGGGACCAGGAUUUCUCAUGUCAAUAGCAUAUCUUGAUCCAGGAAAUAUUGAAUCGGAUUUACAGAGUGGUGUGGUGGCUCAAUAUCGAUUGCUAUGGGUUCUUCUAAGUGCCACAAUUUUAGGUUUAGUCAUGCAACGACUGUCAGCAAGAUUGGGUGUCGUUACGGGUCAUCAUUUGGCUGAAAUGUGCUACAGACAAUACAAACGGGCCCCUAGAAUAGUUCUCUGGCUCAUGGUGGAAACUGCAAUUAUUGGGAGUGAUAUUCAGGAGGUGAUAGGAACAGCUAUUGCUAUUUAUCUCUUAUCGAAUAAAGUAGUUCCCCUCUGGGCUGGAACGCUCAUCACGAUUCUGGAUACUUUUACAUUUCUGUUUUUGGACAAGUAUGGCCUGAGGAAGUUGGAGUUUCUUUUUGGUUUACUAAUCACUGUCAUGGCUGUUACAUUUGGAUAUGAGUAUGUGGUUUCAGCACCCCCACAGGGGGAUGUAAUGAAGGGUAUGUUUAUACCGUGGUGUGAAGGCUGUGACUCACGAACACUUCUUCAGGCCGUUGGAAUUGUCGGGGCUGUAAUUAUGCCACACAAUCUCUAUCUGCAUUCUGCUCUAGUCAAGUCCAGGGAUGUCGAUAGACGCAAAUCGUCAAAUGUUCGUGAGGCGAAUUUUUACUUUUUCGUUGAGGCCUGCAUCGCAUUAUUUGUUUCAUUUAUUAUCAACGUAUUUGUUGUGGCUGUUUUUGCACAUGGUCUUUAUGGGAAAACAAAUAAUGAAGUUUUGGAUACGUGUCAGAAUUCAACAAUGUACGAAGAUAUUUCGUCAGUUUUCCCAGCGGACAAUGAUCAUGUGGAUGCUGAUUUGUAUAAGGGCGGCCUAUUCUUGGGCUGUACCUUUGGCAUUGCAGCCAUGUACAUUUGGGCUGUGGGCAUUUUAGCUGCUGGGCAGAGUUCGACGAUGACAGGAACGUAUGCUGGGCAGUUUGUCAUGGAGGGUUUCCUGAAUUUGCAAUGGGCAAGGUGGAAGCGUGUUUUGGUGACGCGAAUGAUUGCCAUUGUUCCAACAUUCUGUGUGGCUUUCUUCAGUCGAAUUGAGGAUUUGACGGGAAUGAAUGACAUUUUGAAUGCCGUGAUGGCCCUUCAGUUGCCUUUUGCUACUAUUCCCACCAUUGCCUUCACGUCAAAUCCCAACAUCAUGGGAGAGUUUGUCAACGGAAUUGGAAACAAAAUUGUAUCCAUACUUCUGAGUAUUCUAGUCAUUGCCAUCAACAUAUUCUUCGUUAUUGAUCAAGUCAACCAUUCCGAUCUACAUUCUGGCUGGAUGGUACUUAUUGUUUUAUUUGGAAUUGCAUAUAUUUGCUUCAAUAUCUACCUUGUUAUUCACAUGGCUGUUAAUAUGGGAAGUGAACGACUUGCAGAAAUGCCGUUUGUUCAAAAGUAUGUGACACACACAAGCAAUAAUUUGGGCUUUGGACCCCAUCGAAAUACUUAUGCCAGGCAUCGGUACAACUUGAAAGACUUCACAGAGGAUAGUUUGCCACUUUUAUUGACGUGAAACUUGUUUUUCUUUUUUUUUUUAAGAAUGGAUAACAUAGUGUAAUGAGUAAUGCAUAAUUGUUUUUGUUUUUUUUACACACAUAUUUGACAUAUGUCUUUGUCACGUGAUACACGUUGACGCAGUCUUGUAAACGUGUUUACAAAUCAAAAGCAAUUGUGCGUACGCCAUAAGUCUGAUUGUUUUGUAAACAAUUUGAUGUACAAAGAUAUGAAAGAAAACAUAAGAGAUAAAAUCAGGAAUUGCUCUAAAAUCUUUUAGUGCGCUCCUUUAAAAAUGGAAUUAAGGCUUGCUACUUCUUGAACAGUGUAGUAUUCAUAAAACAAAAGUUUUUACAGCUUUAUUGACAUUUUGAUUUUAAUUAAUUUAUUAUUAAAGUUUUUGGUUAUUAGCAAAAUUAUAAUUUACUUAGGUGUAAUGCAUUCCAAUCUUAACCAAAAAAAAAUUAAUCAAGACAAUUUGAGUUUUAGAGGAAAAAAAGAGGAUUAAAAAUCAUUUUUCAAUCUGUGAUGUUUUAAAUGCUUAAAAUACAAUAAUUAAAAAGAAAAGAAUAUUUCGUGCCAAAUACCAAAAGCCUCUAAAAAAAACUUGCCUUUAUUAGUUACAUUGAAGACGAUUUUUAAGGAAAAUCCCAAUAAGAGCACUGCAAAAAAGCCAUUUAAAAAAAUAUGGUUCAUAUUUGCAUCAAGAAUCAUAAGAUCAAAAUAAAUCAUUUUAAUGCAUGAUUGCGUAUCAGUCUAAAAGCUUAUUUUACCCUAAAAUACAGGUUAAUUUAUCAAAUAAAUGAAGAAAAAAUACACAAUUCAGUUAUUUAAAAAAAAGGAUAAACAAUAACUUUGCCAAUUAUAAGAAGAAUCACUUUCUCUAUUCAUGUAACACAAUUUUCUCUGCAUUUGAUCGGGGGCAAUUGAGGGAAAAGAAAGGCUGAGAAGACAAAAUAAAAAGAAUAACACCGAGAAAGACAUUCAAGUAUGAAAAAAAUUAAGCGUGAAAAUUACUUAAACAACACUUAUGUUUUCGUCAAGUGUGAGAAGAAUAUAGGAAGACAAAAAUUUUGAGAAAAAAAGAAACCAAAAUUCGGUACAAAAAGAAAUAAUAAUGAAAAAUACUAUGACUAAAUUGAUGUCCAAGAGGCACUUUAUUAAUUUAUAAAUUUGUUUAAUAAUUUUAUUUAAAUUGUUCGGAUUGAGGAAUUAGACAUCAUUGUAAAUAUGUGUAAAUAUGAGGAUGAGAUAAAGUAACAUAAACACUGUACAAUAAAACAAAAAGAAUGACACAAGAGAGAAAUACACGAAGAAAACAUUUAUAUACGAAAAA